AUGAACAGAGGUGCUGGUCGAGGCAGAGGCUCGUAUUUUACCCGGUCAAGACGUAACGGCCCCAGCACUAAUCAAGGUGUUUUUAACCGCCCUCCUACCCCACGGGACACUAAUCAGGAACCGUAUUUACACCAGCAGUUGCAAACAGCACGGGACACUGAAGCUUGUCUUCUUCAGGGACAGGGAUCACAGGACAAAUCGCGUAUCAGAGGCGUUCGAGCUGCGGCACCGGCUCCUGCAGAGAGAUGGCAACCCAGCUGCAGCGGAGCGGGAUGGAAUAGGCACUCCAGCAACCGUCCGUGGGUGGAAGCUCCGCCACGUUACUGCCCUCCUCGGUACCAUCAGAAGAACUCGGAAAGAGAUUCUGAUACCGUCAGGCUGAAUUUUCAGAGACUGUCUCUUGCCGGACAAGACCGUGAACAAGAAAUUCUGACGAUUUUCAGGCAGCUUGGGGAGGGGAAGGACUGUACAGUUCAUGAUCUUGCACGGAAACUUAAAACUCAAAAGAAAGAGGUCAACCGUAUUCUGUAUAAACUCUUCAGAGAAGGCAAGUUGCACAAAGGUGGAGAGACGCUGCCGCUGUGGAGGAUCGCCAGCCCGAGCGCAGGGAGAGAAAGAAGCCCCGCUGACCACAGUGGUGAUCACACAGAUCCGGCUUGUGAGAGCAGAGGGAGAGGGAGGAGCGCAGUUGGCUCGGGAGACGCCAAUCCCGCGAUGGCCGAGACGAAGGACAAAAUCUGCAACUUCUUGUUCGGCGUGAAAGAAACAACGGCGCUCAACCUUGCCAAAAACAUUGGGUUUUCGAGCGCCAGGGACGUUAACGCCUUUCUCAGCGCUCUGGAAAAGCUGGGAGAUGUCCGCAAGCAGAACACAACGCCCCCUCGGUGGUCCCUGACAAACAGGAAGCGCGAGCGGAUGCAGAUGAGGCCGAAGGCCAGCGCGGUGCUGCAGACGGUGGGUUCCACACCUGAGCCAGGUUUCCCACCUUCCUCUCUUCCUCUGUUUCCCCAUGAGAUGAUCAUAGCUUCAGCAGCAGCGACAACAUCGGAAGAAGAAAGGAUGGAAAACGGGCGGCAGCCUCCGGGGCAGACGGAUCAGAGCGACGGCAGUGACGCGGGAGGAGCCCCGCCUGAGGACACUAAACCCGACUUUGCCAGUUUGAAUAACUAUGAUAACUACGAAAACGGGAGGUGGGCCACAGAUGACAUCCCAGAUAAUCUGAACACUAUCAAAAAGCAGUCCGACGAGUCAGAAUCCAUCAUGAAUUACCAGUCUUCGCCCAGUUGUGCCGCCCAGUUUGAAACUGCUUUGCCAAGUACGCCCAUAGAGAAACUGAUGGCUUGUCAGGAGAAGAACCCAGUGAGUGGCCUUACCGAGUAUUCCCAGUACACCUACCAGCACUGUGAGUUUGCCAUGCUGGAGCAGAGCGGACCCUCUCACGAGCCACGAUUUACAUUCCAGGCCGUGAUCAACGGGCGCAGAUUCCCACCGGCAGAAGCAGGGAGCAAAAAACUGGCUAAACAGGAAGCGGCAGCUAAUGCGAUGAGGGUCCUGAUGAGCGAAGCAGAGGAUGGGAGACAGGGUGGAAUUAAAUGCGAAGAGCCGUCUCCCUCCGACAACUCUGAACCGGAACCGCCUUUGCAUCCGGAGCCAGAGCCGUCGUCUUCGUCAGCUCAUCUCAGCCUGCUUCCCGGGAAGCACCCCAUCAGCGUAUUGAUGGAGUACGGACAAAAAUCAGGGCACGUGGUUGAAUUCCAGCUGCUCUCUCAGGAAGGCCCACCUCAUGAUCCCAGGUUCAGCUACUGUGUGAAAAUGGGUGACCAAAUUUUCCCUGCUGUGGUAGGAAACAGCAAGAAGGGAGCAAAGCAAAUGGCAGCAGAAGUUGCUGUGAAGAUUCUUUCUGGAGAGUCUGUACCCCAUGUCUUGCCUGAACAGCCCGCGGCGAAGCCCCAUGGUGAGCAGUCCACGCACGGCUCUGGGCUGCGGAUCACCGCUCCGGAGGAACCCAAGGUGGCGAAAGCGAAGGCUGUUGGGGAGCUCCUGAAAUACCUUAACGCCAAUCCUGUCAGUGGCCUGCUGGAAUACGCCCGCUCCAAUGGGUUUGCCGCAGAGUUCAAGCUUAUUGACCAGUCGGGACCUCCUCAUGACCCCAAGUUUGUCUAUCAGGCGAAGGUUGGAGGCCGUUGGUUCCCUGCUGUCACUGCACACAGCAAAAAGCAGGGCAAGCAGGAGGCGGCGGAUGCCGCGCUCAGGGUCCUCAUUGGGGAAACGGAGAAGAUGGAGCGCCUGGAAGGGAUGAACAUCGCUGAGGUAACUCCUCUCCCUCCAGAGCUGGCACUGCUNCACGAUCAGAUGGCCAUGCUCAGCCACCAGCGCUUCAACACCCUCACGGCUCGCAUCCAGCACAGCCUGCUCGGGCGGAAGAUCCUGGCUGCCAUCAUCAUGAGGAGAGGAAGCAAGGGCCUGGGAGUGGUGGUCAGCAUCGGCACGGGCAAUCGCUGCGUGAAGGGAGAGGAGCUGAGCUUGAAGGGGGAGACGGUGAAUGACUGUCAUGCGGAAAUCAUUUCUCGAAGAGGCUUUGUGAG